GUUGACAAUUUGCGAAAUGAAUAAAAUAGUCUUAAUAAAAGACUUUUAAUUACAUAAUCGUUGACUCGGGACUAGAUAUUUUCUAUUUUCAUAUCUUUUACACCGAUUCCUGACAUUCAUAACAACGAUUGUUUUUAUUCUUUAAAAUCAACGAAAAGGCGGUAAUUAUUUUGGUAAUUUGGUCUCUUUAAUUCUGUUUUACUUCGUUUAUUUUAAAUACAAAAAUCCUAAGCUGAAACUAAUAAAAUUAAUCAUGGCGGCCUCCGAGUCACAGUUUGAUUUUGAAGCCUCGAGGGUAAAAUACUUGUCGAGUUUGGAUGCAUCCCACAAGAAACAAUCAGUCUCCUGUCUUCAGAUAUGCACGGAUUCACUUACAGGGAGUGAUGCAGAGAAGAAGACUGCCUUGGAUCAGGCAUAUAGAAACUAUGUGAGGAAGCUUGUGGUAAGCGGUGCUAGCUGCAGUGACUUCACGUCCCUGGUCCACCUAUCCACCGAGGCUGUAGAGGCAGGUCUCUGCUCCCCUGCGACCCCAUUCCUGCUCCUGACAGAUAUCUUCGAUUCUGUGACCAUCAGCGUCUGCAAGGAUGUCUUCCAGUUUGUGGAGGACAGGGUUGCCACAUGGAAACAGACUGAUUUUUAUUCUUCAGGAAAGAAUUAUCUGCUCAGGAUGUGCAAUGAUCUACUGAGAAGGUUGUCCAAGUCUCAGGACAUGGUGUUUUGUGGUCGAAUUCAACUCUUCUUGGCCCGGUUCUUUCCACUGGAUGAGAAGUCAGGUCUUAACUUGAUGAGUAACUUCCAUCUGGACAAUGUUACCACAUAUAACAGGACCAAGCUGGAGGGGCCAUUGAGGGCUCGAGUACCCCAGGCUAUUGAUAAACAGGACUCUAUGGAUUAUGAGGAAGGGGAGAUGGGGGCAUCGACCCCUGUCGACUACAAGCUCUACCGUCAGUUCUGGUCCCUCCAGGACUUUUUCAGGGCUCCACUGCAGUGCUUCGCCAAGGACAAGUGGAAGGAUUUCUCAAAUAAUGCCAUCUCAGUCUUAGAUGCCUUCCACAGCAUGAAGCUGGAAGAUGUGGUGGCUGGGAAGAAGAAAAAGAGGAGACGACACCACCGGCAGCAGCAGAAAGAAGAGGAAGAGGAGGAACUCGCUAGGCAAAAAAUGCUGUUGAAGAUGGAGCAGGAUUUAGAGACUGGCUCCGGCGAUCAGGUGUCCUUUGCAAAGUACCUCACCAGCGAGAAGCUCUUUGAUCUGCAAUUGAGUGAUGCCAUGUUCAGGCGCUAUGUCUACGUUCAGUUCCUUAUCCUCUUCCAGUACUUGAACCAGCAGGUCAAAUUCAAACAAGCUCAUCAUGUUCUCACGGAUGAGAUGUCACUAUUUAUCAAGGAAACCCGGGAGAAAGUCAUCGCCCUCCUCAGAGAAACCCCUCCCCAUGGUGUCAAGUUUGCUGAGGGGAUAGAGCAUAUAUUAAGCAGAGAAGAACACUGGAAUGCAUGGAAGAAUGAAGGAUGCCCUAGCUAUGUGAAAGAAAAAGGGAAGACAGAACAAGCUAGGCCGAAAUCAAGAGCUAGGAAGAGGACGUUAGGUGAAGAGUUAAAUAUGGCAGGAGCUGCAAAGAAGAUUGACUUGGGAAGCCCAGAACUGACGAGGCUAUGGAAUGUGUAUCCUAGCAACCUUGAAGCCUGCGCUGCAGAAGACAGGAUAUUUCUACCUCAGGUUGAAGAUUUAUUUCAAGAAGCCAUAGAUCAGGCUGAUCCUGAAGCCAUGAUAGAGGCAGAAUACAAAGUGGUAAACAACAGUAACUAUGCCUGGCAAGCCAUCAGGCUGUUGGCCAAACGAAGCCCCCAUUUCUUCCAGACCGUAACAGCCACCAAUCCUCCACUCAAGACCAUCCCUGCGUACCUGGAGUACAUGGUCACCAAAAUCGCCAAAGAGCUCCCGCAAUCUGAGGAGAACAAAGCAGAAGAACUCAAAACGGAGGAAGAGACUAAUGAAAACGAUGAGCUCUUGAAGGCCUCCGAAGAAGGCAUGGACAAAUCACCUUCUACGGUCGUCACUGAAGAACAGUUUGCACUCGUAGCUUCAAAGAGCGGCGACAGCUGGCAGACGCUUGCCAUCGAGCUUGGCUUCAGCGACGAGGAGAUCGCCUCGAUCGUUUCAGAGACAACCGACCUCAAGGAUCAGGCCAAGCAAAUGCUGCGACUCUGGCAGGACAAAGAGGGCGACGAGCCAUCGCGGGAGAGGCUCAUCGCCGGACUGACGGAAAGCGGGCUGGACGACAUCGUGGAGUCGGUGUUCACGACGGAGAGGCAGAAGGCAGUUGAGAAUGGUGAGGAUGCCACUGCUGAACCGCAACCUAUGGAGACAGACUCAUAGGACUUGUUGUAUUAACUGUACCAAGAUGGUGCAUCUAGGUGGAGGAUGAAACCUCCAAAAAUAAUCCAUACCGUACCCUAGUCACACUAACAUGGAUCCAGGAAAGAUGUUCCAUUGGUUUGCCGGACAACUCCGUGGGCAUUGAAUCCUGUAAUACUAGCAAAACGGGGGAAGUUACAAAAAAAUAACUGGAGAGGUUCAAGGUUUCAGCCCCAAGUGUUUCAACAAGGUUUACGCAUGACAAGUUGUCAGGUCUGACAUCUUUCCUUGAUUUUGAUUGGCUGAGGAGCACUGUUACUAUGGUAACUCAUGGAUAAAACAGGACUUGUGGGAUAAAACGUCUGACAAGUCCUUUCAUGAAACACUCCCAAAUGUGAUGUCCAUGGUCGGAUCCAAGUGAAAAAUGAUCAUAUUUGAUUGAUAAUUAUACACAUCUCUAUAAAAUAAAUUACACUCAUACACUUUCUCCUGGAAGACAAUUACCCCCAGAGACUAGCAAUUUGUCCUCCAGGAAGAAGUCUUUGAGAUGAGUUAUCCUCCAAGGAUAUCCGCCCAUCUAUCCUCUCUUGGGAUAUGUGCUCCAGGGGGUUUUCAUGUUGGAAUCAUAUCAGCGUGUGUUGGUCUCUUAUAGAGUACCGAAGUAAUGACAUCACAAAAAACUUUUUUUUUUGCAUUUCAGCAAUUUUGAUACCAUAUUAUGGUAGAGCAUAGUGAAAAAUCUCCACUACCAAAAUUUGGUGAGAAUCGGUCCAUGGGGGUCCUGAGAUAUGACCUCAUGAAUACAUAAUUAGCCCCAUUGAAGUCAAAGUAUUGUUGGCCUGGUUCCAAACUUUUAGAUCCAGGCCAAUAAUACAUUGGGGGUAAUUAUGUAUUCAUGAGGUCAUAUCUUGGGACCCCAUGGACCGAUUCUCAAUAAAUUUGGGUUGUGGGGAUAUUUCAUCAUGCUCUUUCAAAACAUGGUAUAAGAAUCGCUGAAAUGCAAAAAGUGAAAAUUGAUGACGUCACAUUCUGUUACUCUAUGGGGGUUGUCCUGUUCCAGUGAAGAGCUAUGUACUCCCCAACCUGAAAGGAAACCAGUGUUGUUAAAUCCUGAGCAUUCCAGAACUUCGGUACCUUUUUUUUUUAUCUGUGCAGUUUAAUUAAGAGUGUUCCCUUUAUAUGUUGUGUGAAAGAAAUAGAUGGAUACAAUGGCCCGUAUUCUGAAGUCGGUUUUAAUUGAAACUCGGGUUUAAAGUCGUGGUUUAAGUAUGGAUAGCCGAUUGUGACAUAAAUCACUCAAAGCAGAGAUAUACCAUUUCAGGUCAUCUGACUCUCGAAUUAGUCUCAAUUGUCUAGGAAGUCUGAGUAAGUUAAUUGUCUUUACCAUUGAUGAAUCAGGAAAGAGCACAGUAAACAUACAUGUAAGAAACAUUUGGCUUCCCAUAAUUUUAGCACAGAGUUAGACCAUGGUCUACGUUAAACCCGAGUUCAGAAUAUGGGCAGGGUGCUACAUAAGCACUUGCCCGAUUGCCCGGGGCAAGUAAAAGUUAGAGUCGGGCAAGUGUUUUGAAGUAGAGACCAUAACUACUUGCCCGAAUUGGGCAAGCAAAAUUCACACAGUAGAAAGCAAAAUUCUCACAGUAGAAUGGCCAAAAUUAGGUUUGAUAUAAUAUGAUUUUUACCCUAAUUUUGGUCAUGGCUGGCAAGAUAAAAUCACUUUGGAAAAGAAAUGCAAUAACAAGGUAGGUCAAUUCAUGUCAAAAGAGAGAAAAAUGUCAAAGGUUUGUAAAACCACAAAACUUUCUUUUGAAGAGGUAAAAACAAAAUUUCAAGGAUUUUUGCGGGCAAGUGAAAUAGAUUUUUGGGCAAGUAUAUUCCAACUAUUUGAAAAUUUACUUUCCCGACCGGGCAAGCGCUUCUAAAAAGUUAUGUAGCACCCUGAUAUGGGCCAAUGCAUUUAUGGCAGUGCCUUUACCUAAAAGGAUAGGUUAUUUAACCAACUGUACCUUAUUGCAUGGCGAUUCAAACUGAUUUUCAACUCUUUUCUUGCUUUGGCUGAUGAUGCAUCAAACAAAGGGUAACUUCAGUUUAAAACAUUGUAUGAUUAUCUGGUGAAAAGUUGCCAUAAAUCUGCCACAAAUGUUUAAAGGAACUGUUGUUUACGAUCGUAUCAAGUGUAAAGAUGAACUUUUUGUGAGAUGAUUUUUUUUCAUUGGAAGCAUAUGAAAAUAUUUGAAAAAAACAAAUUUGACCAACAAAACUGCCACAUUUAUGGGAUGGUAUUUGUUCCAAUUAUUCUCAUCACAAUUAUAGGAGACGAAAAUACUUUUUUUUUCAGAAGCUUUAUUGUGGAAUGAGGCUUCGUAAGUGUGCAUCCUACAUCAUUGUCCACAUGUAGGACUGUGAUAACAAAAUGUCAAGGGUACAUGCAGUUAUGUAUUUUCUUAUUUUCUAGUAUUAAACCACAUUUUGAUUGCGAGAAAUUCUCUGUUCGGCCUCCUUUUCUAUGUAUUUUGAAAAGUACAAUUUGCUGUGGUUAGCAAGAGGAUUAAUUCAUCAUAAAAAUGAACUUUGAUGCAACCGAUUACAAUCAGGGAAGCGUUUCAUGGAACAUAGAUUCACAGAUUUUCACAGACUAAUUGUUAUAAGCUACUGAAAUCCUUGCAUCUGAUUGGUUAUACAGCAAUAGUGUCUGUGAAACAUCACAGACUAUUUGCAGGGGCCGCGGAACGGUUUUCAAAGUGGGGGGGGGGGGCUGACCAUGCAAAAAAUCACAAUCAUACGGUCAUUUUUACGUUUUUGUACACGGUUUUGGAAAAAAGUGGGGGGCUGAAGCCCCCUCCCCCCUUGUGACUCAUUUUUUGAGUUACUUUGACUUGAAAUUGAGUGAUUUUCAUCUGAUGCCACACCUUUCCAAGUCAAAUUAAUACCGAAUCUGAGACACUUGAACCCAGGACAAUGUUGACUCUCCUCUGGGGUCAUUCCGAGCCAAAUUUGACUCUGCAGAAAUAAGCAUAUAUGAUAUUGUGCCUUUUUGCUGCUAAUUCUUAGUAGUUUUCCUGUGACUUAAAUGCGGAAAGGAUGUUCACUAUGUAUUAUGAUGUGAUUGAAAUAGUUUUCAGAAUGCUUUGCCCUUUAUAGAUUUUCAUUUGAAUUCCAAAUUUAACUUCAUUGUAAAACAAAAAAAAACCUUUUUGAAGCCAUAUUUAUAAACUUUGCAAUUACUGUUUCAGAAAAAAAGAGUAAACCUAGAAAUCCAGCAACGAAACCAUGUUCUAGCCGGGGAAAUGUAAUCUUUAAGUGCACUUAAAUGACCAGGAAAUGGAAAAGGAUGACCCACAUACAUUUUUCCUCCCUCAUGCAUUCCCAAUAUUCCAUUACAAAAUGUGUGCCCCCCCCUCUCUUUUUAUGGUAAGUUGAGGCCUGGUUUUGUGAAUUUCAUAUGGUUCACAUAAGUCCUGUGAAACUCUACCUUGUGAAUUUUUCUCUUUUAAAGAUUGGCAACCCAACUAUUGUGUCAGUUUGUAUUGGAGUUGUAAAUAAAUAGAAGGGAGUCUGAGAA